AUGGGGUGUGGCAUGGGGUAUGGGGUGCGGCAUGGGGUAUGGGGUGCAGCAUGGGGUAUGGGGUGCGGCAUGGGGUAUGUGGUGCGGCAUGGGUAUGGGGUGCGGCAUGGGGUAUGUGGUGCGGCAUGGGGUAUGUGGUGCGGCAUGGGGUAUGUGGUGCGGCAUGGGGAACGGGGUGCGGCAUGGGGAAUGGGGUGCGGCAUGGGGAAUGGGGAGCGGCAUGGGGUAUGGGGUGCGGCAUGGGGUAUGGGGUGCGGCAUGGGGAACGGGGUGCGGCAUGGGGAAUGGGGAACAACAUGGGGAAUGGGGUGCGGCAUGGGGAAUGGGGUGCGGCAUGGGGAAUGGGGUGCGGCAUGGGGAAUGGGGUGCGGCAUGGGGAAUGGGGUGCGGCAUGGGGAAUGGGGUGCGGCAUGGGGUAUGGGGUUUGGCAUGGGGAAUGGGGUGCGGCAUGGGGAAUGGGGUGCGGCAUGGGGAAUGGGGUGCGGCAUGGGGAAUGGGCACAGUAGAGCAGAAGCCUUGCUUAGAGGCGCCUCAAAAAUAGCAGCACAGAGCAGCCUUACCAGCGCACGACUUGCCAUCACAGAAGCCUUACCAGCGCACGACUUGCCAUCACAGCAGCCUUACCAGCGCACGACUUGCCAUCACAGCAGCCUUACCAGCGCACGACUUGCCAUCACAGCAGCCUUACCAGCGCACGACUUGCCAUCACAGCAGCCUUACCAGCGCACGACUUGCCAUCACAGCAGCCUUACCAGCGCACGACUUGCCAUCACAACAGCCUUACCAGCGCACGACUUGCCAUCACAGCAGCCUUACCAGCGCACGACUUGCCAUCACAGCAGCCUUACCAGCGCACGACUUGCCAUCACAGCAGCCUUACCAGCGCACGACUUGCCAUCACAGCAGCCUUACCAGCGCACGACUUGCCAUCACAGCAGCCUUACCAGCGCACGACUUGCCAUCACAGCAGCCUUACCAGCGCACGACUUGCCAUCACAGCAGCCUUACCAGCGCACGACUUGCCAUCACAGCAGCCUUACUAGCGCACGACUUGCCAUCACAGCAGCCUUACCAGCGCACGACUUGCCAUCACAGCAGCCUUACCAGCGCACGACUUGCCAUCACAGCAGCCUUACCAACGCACGACUUGCCAUCACAGCAGCCUUACCAGCGCACGACUUGCCAUCACAGCAGCCUUACCAGCGCACGACUUGCCAUCACAGCAGCCUUACCAGCGCACGACUUGCCAUCACAGCAGCCUUACCAGCGCACGACUUGCCAUCACAGCAGCCUUACCAGCGCACGACUUGCCAUCACAGCAGCCUUACCAGCACACGACUUGCCAUCACAGCAGCCUUACUAGCGCACGACUUGCCAUCACAGCAGCCUUACCAGCGCACGACUUGCCAUCACAGCAGCCUUACCAGCGCACGACUUGCCAUCACAGCAGCCUUACCAACGCACGACUUGCCAUCACAGCAGCCUUACCAGCGCACGACUUGCCAUCACAGCAGCCUUACCAGCGCACGACUUGCCAUCACAGCAGCCUUACCAGCGCACGACUUGCCAUCACAGCAGCCUUACCAACGCACGACUUGCCAUCACAGCAGCCUUACCAGCGCACGACUUGCCAUCACAGCAGCCUUACCAGCGCACGACUUGCCAUCACAGCAGCCUUACCAGCGCACGACUUGCCAUCACAGCAGCCUUACCAGCGCACGACUUGCCAUCACAGCAGCCUUACCAGCGCACGACUUGCCAUCACAGCAGCCUUACCAGCGCACGACUUGCCAUCACAGCAGCCUUACCAGCGCACGACUUGCCAUCACAGCAGCCUUACCAGCGCACGACUUGCCAUCACAGCAGCCUUACCAGCGCACGACUUGCCAUCACAGCAGCCUUACCAGCGCACGACUUGCCAUCACAGCAGCCUUACCAGCGCACGACUUGCCAUCACAGCAGCCUUACCAGCGCACGACUUGCCAUCACAGCAGCCUUACUAGCGCACGACUUGCCAUCACAGCAGCCUUACCAGCGCACGACUUGCCAUCACAGCAGCCUUACCAGCGCACGACUUGCCAUCACAGCAGCCUUACCAACGCACGACUUGCCAUCACAGCAGCCUUACCAGCGCACGACUUGCCAUCACAGCAGCCUUACCAGCGCACGACUUGCCAUCACAGCAGCCUUACCAGCGCACGACUUGCCAUCACAGCAGCCUUACCAGCCCACGACUUGCCAUCACAGCAGCCUUACCAGCACACGACUUGCCAUCACAGCAGCCUUACCAGCGCACGACUUGCCAUCACAGCAGCCUUACCAGCGCACGACUUGCCAUCACAGCAGCCUUACCAGCGCACGACUUGCCAUCACAGCAGCCUUACCAGCGCACGACUUGCCAUCACAGCAGCCUUACCAGCGCACGACUUGCCAUCACAGCAGCCUUACCAGCGCACGACUUGCCAUCACAGCAGCCUUACCAGCGCACGACUUGCCAUCACAGCAGCCUUACCAGCGCACGACUUGCCAUCACAGCAGCCUUACCAGCGCACGACUUGCCAUCGUCUCGCAGCGUGA